UGUAAAUAUGUCUUUAUUAUCAGUAGUAAUUGGUUGUGUAUAUUACAUGAGAUAAGAUGUAUGUAUUUAUAUUUCGACAUUUCAAAAAACUUAAACAAAAACAAAAUGUACCAUUGGUGUGUUGUUCCGUUGCUCUUUAUUUUUCCCCUGGUUCUUGGAGCUACCAAAGGGAAUUGUGCAAGUUGCGGAUGUAAAGUAAAUAAUGUCCCUCCAGUCAUAACCUAUAAAUUACUGACUACUCCAGUUACUUAUAAGGGGGCUGUUGCCGCAUGUGCGGCAGCUGGAAUGGAGUUAGCUAGUAUCCAGUCAAGAGAAAAAAACGAAGGUGUUAAUGCUGCACUUCACGCCAGUCCUCUAAUUCAGGAUUUCUGGAUAUCCGGUUACAAAUAUGAAAAACAAUGGUUCUGGUUGAAAGGAGAGGCAAUGGUAUUUACUAAUUGGGGCUCUGGAGAACCAAACAAUGCAAGGGGAAAUGAAGACUGCGUCGUAGUCUUUAAAUCUGGUACCGGAUCUUUCUGGAACGAUCAAGUUUGUGAAGUCAAAAAUAUUCCGCUGUGUGAAAAAGUCGUUGCUCCUUAGAAUGAAGGAUGUUGUUGCAAGGCUCCAGUUGUGACUGUAAUUGUUGAUGGAGUUCGAGCUGACCAUGCGUGUUCGUAAGAAAUCAGAAAGUGUGCUACAUUUGAAAACUGUGUCAAGUCUACUCUGUGCUUUCUUAUUAAAGUUUUUUAAGUUAA